GGCUGAUCGGCGUUCGAGUGUCAAGGGCGCCGACCGUUUAUGUACGCGAUCUGCCUGCAGAGCCACCGCCUUUUUCAACGUCUAGACUCCCCAAUAAGAGAAGCCUCUAUCGACGGUUGUAUGUCGGAGCUGUGGAGUCACAGAGGCGUGGUGGGGCUACUCCAACAGCAGACGUCUUCCAACACUCAGAACAUUUUUAUCGGUGGAAGAAUCAACUUGCAUGACCAUGAACCUAGCCGCCCUGUGAUCCUGUUAAGUGUCUCUAUCUGUAUCUCUUGACAUUCCAGUAUUGGCCUCAACCCACACUACGGGAACCAGCUUCCUCAUGCGACCUUUCCCACAAAUCAAGAUUCACGGGAUUGGGGUUUCGUGAUCUCUUAAUCCUUCUCCGCAUCCAGCGCUCCCACUAGAGCCUCAUUCGUCAUUCACGUCUCCGCCGCCAGGUCAAAAUCGUGGCAUGAUAUUCAGGUCUUUCCCCACAUUGCGUACCCAGUGAUGAAUGGCAGCAUAAGCAGCGGCAUGAAGUCUGACUUUUAUGGCGAUGAUAACCAUCAUGCAGAAGUAUACCCGACUCCGAAGAGCGGAAGCUUCAAUCGAAAGCCGUCUCCAGUUCGAACCUCUCUAUACGGGCGUAGACGAUAUCGCGACAGUACUGUUCCAGUAAUUUCGGAAUCACAAUCGCACCGCGGCCACCCCCGAGAUGGUAACGUUUCAGAGGAUAUUACCCUGACUCUGCCGACGUUACCACGAGUAAGAGAAUGGCCGCCACAAUGUUACACCCUUCAUUCAGAUCUCCAACCUGAUGAAGCCGAGCAAUAUAUCUGCCAAGGGGCCCCCGUCUUUACAGGCUACUGCGAUGAUGUUACCCAUGCGGCGCCAGGAAACUUCCACUUUUAUGCAGUCAUAGACAACGACUCGACCAAGGGCUCGGACCGUGCCCGUUUUCAAUGCGAAGCGUUCCGUGACGUUUCACUCUCGCUUCCUACGGAGAAGAAACCUUGGCCAUGGGAAGCUUUGGAGCAACCGAGUAUGGCGUAUUGUUUUGGUAAAUCGCCGGGAACGGUCACGCUCAAUUACUGGGCAGCGGCCUCUGGAAACUUGAACGCAACGGUGGAGGUGAAUUCAAAAAUUAAACCGCGGAAAAUUGGACUACUCGCAACCUUGGACCGACUGCGUUAUUUGGAGGGAGGCCUAGAAGAGAGCGAGUCGGAAGAGCUGUAUCAAAGUCUAUAUGGCAACCUCCUGCAUGAUCCAGAAAAGCACACAGAGCCCCACUACGGAAUGGAGAAGCAGAUUGCGGACUUGAUCACGGUUUUGAGCCGGUCAGACUGGAUUGAUUUUAGGCGGCCAGAAAACCAGAUGGUGGCUAAAUUUUUCACCAGUCGCGACCAGAACAGAUAUCAUCAAUUCUUUAUCCAAUUACUAUUGGCGGUCGAACUCUACCUGCGCAUACACUGCCCAGAACAUUCAGACAUUGCGAAACGCAAAUUGCUGCCCCAGCUGCCUCCGAAGAUCUCGUGGGAUCUGGCACUCGCUCAGCGCUGGUUAGAGAAUAUGUCAAUUGGAAAGCCGCAGACCAGUUCCAACGCAAGCGAGGUUUCAUUCGAGCUCAAAAGCAAGAAGCGACAGGUUAAGACACUUCGAGAGUUUGCCUGGACACUAAAAUGGCCAAACAUGAGCGAGGUGGAAUAUGCCCUGGGCAAAGGAGACCGUGAGGAGACGGCGGUCGAAGACCGGAGCGCCGAUGCCAUGUCUUGGUUUACUGGAGUCAUUCUUCCUGGGAAAACGCUGCCUUGGCUUCUCAUGAAUUCGUUGAUCGAUUGUGAUCAAGACACAGGAGAGGCUCUCAAGUACCUAACAUACAUGCACCCAAAUGCCGGAUUUCAGUACCGGACAAACACCUACUGGUCGUGGGAGUGUGUUGUAGGUAAAGUCUUGGGCGCGGCCAGAGGGGUUAACCAAAUCGCCGGUUGGAUUGGGCCUUGCAAUUAUAGUCCAGACUUGAAGCGCAUCGAAAUUGCCUGCAUUCGUACGCGUCGGAUCAAGCAGCGCCUUAGCCCUCAAGAUGUCCGAAGCAUGAGCAAACGCACUGAUCCUCUUGGUCCAGCCGAUGAAAGCUAUCCGGUCAAUGAUUACGAGCUCGUGGCACCUGAUACCGAAGAUGUCACGGAUGCGAUUCGCAUCGAAAAACUAAACUUCCGCGCCCGCAAGGGUCCGCAGAGCAGCAGCGGUAGCCCUCAUGCCCCACUGACGUUUGAUGCAGCCAUCACCUUUGCCAUGGAAGGGCGUUCGUUGCCCCUGCGUCUGCGGUACAAUGUCGAUUUCGUCUACGCGGCGCCAUGUGUGGCUGGUCCGCAUCCGCUCUUUUUCGAUUUCGCCUACCGAUUCUGCAAAGUGAUUAAUCUACACAAUGUGCAUCACUGGGGAAAUACAGCUACAGCUACUCCCGUGACACCUUCAGGUUCCAGUCAUAGUCGAUCCUCCAGCGUGGCUGGACGUGGCAGUGGACCCGGUCGGAGCAACUCGCUCAGCGACAGUGAACGCGAUCGAGAGAAAGCAGCAUCCACGUACGUCCCGGACAUUGAGAUGGUUCUUGUCGUGGAAGCUUUUGGGGUCCCUGACAAUGAAGUCUUUGCCCGAGCAUGGUGCGCGCAUUGGGGUCUCAGUGCCAUCACGGCUGAUCUUCGGAGAAGUUGCGCUGCAUGCGCCAUCCGCGAAGCUUAUGCGGCUUGUGUGAGCGUCGUCAUUUUGACCAAUGGCGGACGCGAUGUGGACGUGGAAAAGGUUGAACGACGGAGUUUUGCAUAGAUGAGUCUGACUGAUUUUUUUUUCUCUUGUUUUAUGAUAUCCAGCGGAUUUGCGUCGCAUUGUUUGUCCAUUGCGUAUGGAGGUAUCUUCAGCUAGAUGGGUUUUCAGAUCAGAAUUCAUGAGAGUGAGUCCAAUCAAUGGGUCUGGUCGUGAUAGAAAGAGCCACUGGAGUUUCUGUGUAUGGCACGUAUCUCCAGCAAAGGGCAAUUGCCCCCAAAGCUUGAUACCAAUAGGCGAUAGAUGAGAAAUUUUCGUGCAUCUGCCUUGUACCCUUCCCCAUGAUGGAGAUGCGUCGUCAAGGAAGAGAAACAUCCAUGUCGACCAUAUAGUAUUUCACGCGCUAAGGUUGCUUUGAUAUUCUCCGUCUACUAGUUAUAUUUACCACAGGCCCAAUCAUUUGAGAAAAUAAGAGGAGACCCUACACGGGACCUCUUACGUACGUCUUCUUAUCUACCGGGACAUAUCAUAGAGACG